AGUUGUGUUUUGAACGUUGAUCGUGACGGUUGCUCUGCAGACAGUUUCUCUGACGAUUUGAGAAUCAAACCGGGAAGAGUGUCGGGAGUGUUAUUAUUUAGUAUCAGGACUCUAAGAUAUGGCAACAGUUUUGAGGACAAUGGCACUUGGACAGAAUUUUCAUAUGUUACCCAACAACUGUGUGAUUGUUUCAUCAUCGACAGUGGGAUCCAAUGGUAGUCUCCAUGCCGCCGGCAAGAGACCCAUCGCUCCAGCCCCAACAGAUCGCAGUGUACGGAUCCUUGGGGGCUCAAUGGCAGAUCUCAAGGGUGGAAAGAAGAGAAUGACUUACUCCCACAUGUCCCCAUAUCCUGGUCCACCUCCAAGUGUGGAGCGUCGCAAUGCCAGGGAACGAAAUCGUGUGAAACAGGUCAAUAAUGGUUUUGAUAAGCUCAGGCAGCACAUCCCCCAGAAAAUAGUUGAAGUGGAAAAUGGGGGACGUGGAGCCAGUAAGAAGCUCAGUAAAGUAGAUACCCUUCGGUUGGCGGUGAAGUACAUCCAAGGACUACAGCAACUCCUGGAUGACAAUUCCGUUCACGAUGGUAGUAGUCAGGGAAGUAGUUCAUACUAUGCUGGAAGUCCAAUUCAGAGCAUGCAGGACACUCAGCCACCCUGCUCUGAAGCAUCAUCCUCCCCAACUCCAUCGUACAAUUCUGACGUGUCCGUCGGGCAUACGUACAACCCUACGUCUACCCCAUAUCAGGAGCAGUAUCACACCUACGAAGCCAUGCAUUUUGAGGAUGAAGCUGUGAGUUUCGAGGAGGAAGUCCUUCUCGAUGACAUCCUGCACUGGCAACUGCAGCACUGACACAACCCUCAAGAUCACUCUGUGACACAAACGGCCAGUUAGCAACUCCUGAAGUUGCAGGAAGACAAAUCCCAAAAAAAGACAAUGUGGAGGAUGGCCAAAGGUCCUGAACAAAGUCAGCUACCCUCCACCCACAAAUAGUGUAGUGCUAGUGACAUAAUCCUAGUGUUUCGACUUAAGACAUAUAUCAAACAUAGGGCUCCAUCGUACUGAGUUUAUUUAAUUGCAUUUUAAACAUUUAAAAAAAAAUUGUUGUUCUAGUCAUUGAAGUUUUUUUUAUACAAGAAAAUCUUACCUCUGUACAUACUAGUGGUUAUUUCUCUAAAGAUAAAAUGGAAGAUCAUGUACUUGGCUUAAGACGUUAAACCGUACUAAUUUAAGUUCAAAAACAAAUCCCAGUUGAUGUACAAAUAAAAUAAAAUGUAAAUAACUGAUUAUUGUAAGAACUAUUUUUUACAAAUUCGAACUGAUUAAAGUUACUCUAAUGAUAAGAGAAAAAACUUAAAAA